AUGAUAUACCAUUGGAGAAUGACAAGAGUCGCUUUCGACUCUUGGGCUGAUCCGGCAUUCAAUGUUAGACACACAUUAAAUAACACAAGAGAACAUUUGAAAAAACAAACACUGCUCCUAGCGAGUGUUCCUCUGAGUCCAGUUCUUGCCGAUCUGGAUGACGUGCCCGUGACAAUAUCGUUUGUCGACCGCUCGCGCCAUGACGAGUCUCAAGUAGCCGUCUUCAACUCGCUAUGCCUGCAGGCCAAACGACCUGAGGACUUGACAGCUGACUCACAUCAGCUGCUCAUUACUCAUCUACACCAAUUGCUACAGAGUAUCAAAGAUGUCGGGGAUAGCUACGCUGCUGCGGAGGUUAAACCGCUCAAUUACCCUUUCUCGCCCACGCUGCGGUUUACGGCCAUGCAUGAACUACUCGCGACGGUGCUGGUUGACAAUGUUGGCGUGUCGCCGGUUUAUCACUAUGAGUGGGACGAAUUGAUUUUCUCGACGUCUGAUGUCAAGGACUUGGUCGCAUCUCGCCGCUUGCCAGACGGAUAUGAACUGGGCACAGUGCCGUCGGACCAGAUCGAUCUGGUGACAGGUACGUCCAAAGUGAAACGACAAGCUUCGACACUCUUAGAGAAUCCCAAUGCGGCAGUACUAUUUAGUGGGGAGGACAAUCGUGGGAAAGGUGUUCUUGUUGCAUGGGCGUACUUGUCGAUUGACAAGUCUCUCACCACGAUAAUUUCCCAGCAAAGCUUCAGCUCUCGUGAGCUUCGACAAAUUGACAGAAUGACAUGCUCCCCCCAUAAUGUUCCAUAUGCAGUAUGGCGGCAUGCAGUAUUCUCAGGCAUAUUCCUACCUCCCACUCAAAUCCACACUGCGCGACGACAGCAAGGACGGCGCUUUCUUUCCGCAUCACGCGCGCUCCGCAAUCAUGCCAACAACAACAGCAAGACAUCUUCCUUUAACGAAAGCGAGGACUCCCUAAGCUCUCAAAAUGAUGAUCCUCCCAACACACGUCCAUCGGCAUCACUUCCACAAUCCCCUCUCGUCACAUUGGCCAAAAACCACAGAGCCGGCAAAAAAGUCUACAAAGACAAGGGCACCAAAGCCGAUCAUGAUCGACUCAGAAAUAAUCCCUGGGCAGUAGCCCUCGCGUCACCGACAAGGCACUGCUCAAUCACGAACAUGCGGAUGCCGACCGAAUUUCUCACGGACAUGGGCCUCGUUCGGCGGGUGACGGCUUCGGAUGAAGAGACAACCAAAGUGAAGAACUACGGCAGUUUGUGGUGGAUGCCGACCAACCUGGUACAAGAGGAAAUAAAGGCAUCCGUGCAUCCAGAACAGAGGAAUACGAACAUUUUUGCGUCAAAUGGUAAUCCGCGCGUGAUCCGUGUGGUCACUCGCGCCCUCGCUUACGACCGAUUUCCCGAAUCCGCUGGAAGAACCGGUAAACAUCUGGUGGUCAAGACCAAACAGAUUAUUCCUGCGAUAUGGAAAGAUGAUAAUCCGAAAUCGAGCGGCGUGGAUUUCAACGAGUUGAUUUGGCGUGAUGAUAUGACAAGUUUCGUGUUCAAGCAUAUGGUCAAAGGAGUGAUCAAGGCGCUUCAGGAGGCCUGUCGUUAUGAAAAAAUCAAACAAGACUCUGCGGAUUUUUGGAGGGAACUGCCAUUGCCAGAGAUGACGGUAUCUGCACUAAAUGAAGCUUUGAGUGGCGUGGAAAUGAAGGAUAUGGGAACUGGAGGUGUCAUCAUAUUGGGCGACCUCGCUACGCCUUCUGAAGACCGUCCCCGGGAUGCGUUUAAAUCGGCCUUUACGUCGACCUUUCCGGACUAUAUCACUAUCCCGCAGACAGGAACCAUGGCCCCUGUGUAUGAUCUCAGCGUGGUCCUGUCCAGAUCUGAUCUCGAAGCGCUCCGACAAUCCAGCCCCCGGUUCAACCAAAGGGCGCUUUUUUUUCGACCUGACGGUCUUAAAUCUACCGAAGCAAUGCUAGCGCUGUGGAAGCUAAAGGGGUAUAUCAUGCAUGAUGUUGAUUUCUUGGCUAAAAAGGCAGAUGGCACAGCAGCAGCCCAAGCUCCAGAACAACAGUCGAAGAAAGCUCUCUCACAAGUUGCUUCUACGAAAACACAGCCACGCAGAUAA